CCUGGCAGGAGUAAACAUUUUUCAAUCUAAAUUGGCAACAGGAUUCGUACGGCGUAUUGAAUGUUUCGAAGAUGGUAGCAUAGACAGACCACGGUGGUGGUUACCUCUUCACCACAGCACACACAUCAUUAUCAUCGUUUCAAUCAGGUUUCUACCUUCACUUUGCUCGACAUCACGUCCGUUCAAAUACUUCGCGUCUGCGGUCACAGAGUGCCGUCGUUGUCGCUUUAUUCUUUCCAAAUUUGAGGAUGCUGCAAUCGCUGCAAUUAUUAUGUGUAUUAGCUUAUACUGUUCAUUCACUGAAAUUUAUCGACUUGAUCUCAAAAUCGACCAUAGAAGUGUUACAUGGCUCUCAACGAGAAGAAACCGUACGUCAAUGCAGUUGUCAAGAGAUGUCCGACUGCUACGAAUCAGCGAAACAGCAAGCGUAUGAUUGUUUUGAUCCAUGCUGGAAAGAGAUCAAGACGUAUGAUCUGACUGAACAUCCUGAAAAGCUCCGCGUUUGUUUCGAGAAUCGUAGAAAGUUCGUAGAUGAGAUCAUCACUUGUUUCAAAACAAAAAUCAAGGCGUGCGAAGAUGACAUCGAAAAAGCGAAGAUGGUCCAUGUAAAAACCUACGAUUACCCGGAUAUGAUCAAGCGAGUCGAAGAUGUCAUUAAUGAGCAGAUACAGACGUUCCUCAAUUCGAUCACUUCCAACCAUGUGAAGAAUCUUUUUGUUCAGCAAGUCGUCCACGCCGGAGCAUCCGUGGCACGCUGUGUGAAGAAUUGCUUCAUUGAAAAAAAUAAAGAUGGAUUCUGCUUUGACAAGAAAGGCUGCGAGCCAAAUAUCGCCGAUAGGAACGCGAAAUUAGCAAUUCGACAAUGCUCUCGACAGGUGAAUUGGAAGAAAGAAAUUGGUGACCUGUGCACGUGCUCAAGUCAGGCUGGCAUUCAGGGGAUCUCUGAUUACUGCGGUAUGCUCAAUAUUGUGGGAUAACGAGGUUGAUCUUGAGUAGCCAAUCCAAGACUGUGUAGCUUGUUUACUAUGAAUGUACAUUUUUUGUAUUUAUCGCUUCAUUAAAUGCGUGUUUCUGUCAAUGAAGGAUAAGAUUCAGCGU